CUGCACUGCAGCAGCAGCAGCAGCAGCAACACCAGCUGAAGGUUGCUGCUGAAUCGCCCAACACGUUUAGGAAAGCUGCUGAGGCACCUUUUGCUGCAGCAGCAGAAGCAGCAGCAGCAGACGCUGCAGCGCCAGCAGCAGCAGAACCACCAGCAGCAGACGCUGCAGCACCAGCGGCAGGCGUAGAACCUGCAGCAGCAGCUGCAGCAGAAGACACUGCAGCUCCGGCAGCAGAAGCUGCAGCAGCAGCAGCGUUACCAACAGAAAUUUCAGCAGCAGCAGCACAAGCAGUUGACGCUGAAGCAGCAGCAGCAGCAGCUGAAGCAGCAGCAGCAGCAGCAACACAAGCAGCAGAAGCUGCAGCAGCGUCAGCAACAGAAGCAGCAGCAGGGGAGUCAACAGCAGCACUUGCAAUGCAACAGCCCGCAGCAGCAGCAGCAGCAGAAGCAGCAGCACAACCAACAGCAGCAGCAGAAGAUGCUGCAAAAGCUCCUAUGCAUCUUGCUGCAGAGCUGGACGACACGGCAGCAGCAACUGAGGCAGCAGCAGCAACUGAGGCAGCAGCAGCAACUGAAGCAGCAGCGGCAGCAAAAGCACCGUCGCCACCAUGCCCACCUUUAGCAACAGCAGCAGGAGCUGCAGCAGCAGAGUUAGCUGCAGCAGCAGCAGCAGCAAAAGAAAUAGAAGAAACAGCAGCAGCAGCAGCAGCAGCAGCAGAAAAAACAACAGAAACCGCAACAGGCGAAGAGUAG